UUUCACUACAAAUUGACAGCAGCAUUCUUCACUGUUCUCUUAGAUGAUGAACGACAAAAGAAGAACGGAAAAAGUUUCAAGAGACUCUUCUAGUACAGAAGAUAGUGACGAACUUAUAGAAGAAGAAGAAGAAGCUAGGAGGCUUUUUGACUCUGACCAUGUUAUUCCAUCUCAUCAAAUACCUUACGUUCUACAAUGGCUACGACAGUCUUUCUCUCUCAUUGAACUAGAGGUACUCAAAGUUUCGUUGGAAAAAAAUGAUGUGGCUUGUGAUGUAAGUUAUAUUCCUAACAAGUUGCACAAUUCAAGAUGUAAUGAAAAAGGACAACGAUACAAAUGUUAUCUCAAACUAUUAAAAUGAUUAAAGAAAUGCAGCAAGGUGAAUUCAAUUCUCAA